GGCGGAGACCUGGUCCAGCCGGGCAUCAGCUUCCCAGGGCCGGCGGAGGAGGACCUAGACCAGCAGUACUCAUGGGCGCCGGCUCCGCACUUCAAUGAGGAGCGGUACUCGCCUGCGCCGCGGAACAUGAAAGGACUGUCCGGAAGCCGCGCUCAGCCGCAGCUGUGUCCCGGCCACACCUGCGGCCUGGCGGCCCCCGAGGACUGCGAGCGCGCGCACGAGCACAUGCAUCAUGCGCAGGAGGCCCGGCAGCCCUACCUGCUCAGCCCGGCCGACAGCUGCCCCGUGGACCACCACCGCUGCUCGCCGCGCAGCUCGGUGCACUCGGAGUGCGUGAUGAUGCCUGUGGCUCUGGGCGACCACAUGUCCAGCAGCACCUUCCCCAGGAUGCACUACAGCUCGCACUACGACACGCGGGACAACUGCGCCAUGUCCCACGCCGGCGCGAAAAUCAACCGCAUCCCGGCCAACCUGCUGGACCAGUUCGAGAAGCAGCUGCCCCUGCACAGGGACGGCUUCCACACCUUGCAAUACCAGCGGACGUCCACCGCCGCGGAGCAGCGCAGCGAGAGCCCCGGGAGGAUACGGCACCUGGUCCACUCCGUCCAGAAGCUCUUCACCAAGUCGCACUCCUUGGAGGGCUCCUCCAAGAACAACGCCAACGGGACCAAGGGCGACGGCAGGGCGGACGACCACCACCACGGCCACCACCCCAAGCACGGCAAGCGCAGCAAGAGCCGGGAGCGGAAGCCCGAGAGCAGGCACAAGUCCGGCAUGAGCAGCUGGUGGAGCUCCGACGACAACCUGGACAGUGACAGCACCUACCGCACGCCCAGCGUGCUGAACCGCCACCUGCUGGACCCCCUUGCCCACUGCUAUGCGGACACGCUGCAGAGCCCCUUCGGGGACCUCUCGCUGAAGACCUCCAAGAGCAACAGCGACGUCAAGUGCUCGGCCUGCGAGGGCCUCGCGCUGACGCCGGACGCCAAGUACAUGAAGCGCAGCUCCUGGUCCACACUCACAGUCAGCCAGGCCAAGGAGGCCUACCGCAAGGGCUCCCUGAACCUGGACAAGCCGCUGGUGCCCCCGGACAUGAAGCCGCCCUUGAGGUCAUGCCACUACCUCCAGGUGCCCCAGGACGAGUGGGGCGGCUACCCCACCGGGGGCAAGGAGGAGGAGAUCCCCUGCCGGAGGAUGCGGAGCGGGAGUUACAUCAAAGCCAUGGGGGACGAGGACAGCGGCGAGUCGGACUCCAGCCCCAAAACGUCGCCCACGGCGGCCCUGCGGCCGGAGCCCCUGCUGAAGUCCCUGGGACAGAGGCCUCUUGGAGACCACCAAACCCAGAGCUACCUGCAAGCUGCAAGUGACGUGCCCAUCGGUCACAGCCUGGACCCUACUGCCAACUACAACUCCCCGAAAUUCCGCUCCCGGAACCAGAGCUACAUGAGGGCCGUCAGCACCCUGAGCCAGGCCAGCUGCGUGAGCCAGGUGAGCGAAGCGGAGAUCAACGGACAGUUCGAGUCGGUGUGCGAGUCCGUGUUCAGCGAAGUCGAGUCUCAGGCCAUGGACGCUCUCGACCUCCCGGGGUGUUUCCGAACACGGAGUCACAGCUACCUUCGCGCCAUCCAAGCCGGCUACUCCCAAGAUGAUGAAUGUAUUCCCAUGAUGACGCCCUCCGACAUCACCUCCACCAUCAGGUCCACAGCAGCCGUCUCAUACACAAACUACAAAAAAACACCCCCACCCGUACCUCCCCGGACCACCUCCAAGCCUCUGAUCUCGGUGACGGCCCAGAGCAGCACCGAGUCCACCCAGGACGCCUACCAGGAUAGCCGCGCACAGAGGAUGUCGCCGUGGCCCCAGGACAGCCGUGGCCUCUACAACUCCACGGACAGUCUAGACAGCAACAAGGCCAUGAACCUCGCUCUGGAAACGGCCGCGGCCCAGCGCCACAUCCCCGACAGCCAGAGCAGCUCGAUGCGGACCAGCGACAAGGCCAUCCUGGCGUCCAAGGCUGAGGAGCUGCUCAAGGGCCACCGCUCUUCCAUCGGGAUUCAGGAUUCUGAAUUCGCAGAGCAUCAGCCAUACCCAAGGUCAGAUGUGGAAACAGCUACAGAUUCUGACACAGAGAGCCGAGGCCUGCGGGAAUACCACUCUGUUGGCGUGCAAGUGGAGGACGAAAAGCGACACGGACGUUUCAAACGUUCCAACAGUGUCACGGCUGCCGUCCAGGCUGACUUGGAGCUGGAGGGGUUCCCAGGACACAUCGCCACGGAGGACAAAGGCCUCCAGUUUGGCUCCUCCUUCCAGCGGCACUCGGAGCCCAGCACGCCCACCCAGUACGGAGCGGUGAGGACUGUGCGGACCCAGGGCCUCUUCAGCUACAGAGAGGACUACAGAGCCCCAGUGGACACCACAGACCUGCCCCCUCCCGACCCCUGGCUGGAGCCGUCCCUCGAGACGGUGGAGACGGGCAGGAUGUCUCCCUGCCGCAGGGACGGCUCGUGGUUUCUGAAAUUGCUGCACACGGAGACCAAGAGGAUGGAAGGCUGGUGCAAAGAGAUGGAGAGAGAGGCGGAGGAGAACGACCUCUCGGAGGAAAUUCUCGGCAAGAUCCGGAGUGCAGUGGGGAGCGCGCAGCUUCUCAUGUCCCAGAAAUUCCAGCAGUUUUACUGGCUUUGCCAACAGAACAUGGACCCCAGCGCCAUGCCCAGACCCACCUCCCAGGACCUGGCCGGGUACUGGGACAUGCUGCAGCUCUCCGUGGAGGACGUCAGCAUGAAGUUCGACGAGCUGCACCAGCUGAAGCUCAACGACUGGAAGAUCAUAGAGUCGCCGGAAAGAAAGGAAGAAAGAAAGGUCCCCCCUCCAAUACCAAAGAAGCCCCCCAAAGGGAAAUUCCCCAUUACCAGAGAAAAGUCCCUGGACCUGCCCGACAGACAGCGCCAAGAAGCCCGCAGACGGCUCAUGGCCGCCAAGAGAGCCGCGUCCUUCCGCCAGAACUCGGCCGCCGAGCGGGCGGACAGCAUCGAGAUCUACAUUCCCGAGGCCCAGACCCGGCUCUGA